AUGUCUGAAACGACCCCUAUGGGAUCUUGCCCUCAAGGUGGUAAGUGGUAUACAUGCGUAGUUCAAUCACCAACAUUUUUUGGAUGCUGCUUGAGUGAUCCAUGCAAUGGAAUUGGUUGCCCAGAGAACAACCUCACGGCUGCAGGAAUGGGAACAGCAGGUGGCCCCGAUGCUCCCAGUAAUGAUGGAUCAUACUACCAAAAUUCGGCUUGCCUAAACGGAGGAGUUUGGUUCACUUGUUCUGAGCAAUCUCCGUCUUUUCAAGGUUGCUGUGAUACUAGCGAUGGUUUUAAUCCAUGUCAAGACAACGGUUGUCCCAAGGAAAGACUCUACGCUGCGGCAUUUAAAACCGUUCAAGUCAUGAUUGACUCUGAUACUUUUUCUAUUUCAUCUUCCCUGACAUCAUCAUUUCCAUCAUUUUCUUCUUCCACCUCAUCUCUUUCCAUCUCUUCAUCUUCGACUUCAUCUUCAACAACAAACCCCAUUAUUAGCCCCAGUUCCACGGCACAACCUGCAUCAUCUCAAGCAUCACCCACAGUGAGCGCGAUAUCAGAUCCGAUUGGACAUGAUUCAGAGUCAAAAUUACCCAUCGCAGCAAUUGUAGGAAGUGCUUUAGGUGGAGUCGUUGUUAUGCUAAUUGUCCUGCUGGGAAUUUUUUGCUUUCAACGACGAAGAAAGAGAGCUCCGUCGGCAGGAUUAAUUGAACCAUAUUAUCAAGCCUCACAAGACAUUUUUAUGGCUAAAGGAACUCCGCCAUCCUUUGUUUAUGGAGCCAGUCCUCCAGAUGGUAAAGUUCUUCCAAAAGUAGAUUAUCGUCCGAUGUCCCAUACACCAUCUUCACCACCUCACAAGAGUUCAUCUAAACAACUCGCCCUACCCGAUUCAAAUUCUGGUGAUAUGGCAAACAAUACUAUGGGUUCUUGUCCUUUAGGUGGUCUCGUAACUGGGCUAGGACUUGGACUUACAGGACAAGAAGCAUCUCUUAGCCUUGGCUCUUAUUAUCCAAACGUGUAUUGUUCUUCUGGAAGUUGGUGGAUAUGUGCAAGUCAUAAUCCUUCGUUUCAAGGUUGUUGUGAUGUCAAUCCAUGUUCAGCAAAUGCUACGCAUUGCCCUCAAUCCCAGCUACAUCCUGCGGCUUUCAAGGCUAUUACCACUGCUUUGGACUCUACCGGAUCGUUCAACACUACUCUGCCGAUAGCUGCUUUUCCGGUGGCUACUUCUACUCACUACGAUUUCAAUGACGAAUACACCUGA